AGCAGACCAAGGGUCUAUAUAACUCUUCAGCGUUCGACUUCCCUGGACACCACCCACCCAGAGUGGAGAAGCCCAGCCAAGCACCAUCAGGAACCCUGUAAAGCAGCUAUAGCUAUGUGUGAAGAAGAGGACAGCACUGCCCUGGUGUGUGACAAUGGUUCUGGGCUCUGUAAGGCCGGCUUUGCUGGGGAUGAUGCUCCCAGGGCUGUUUUCCCAUCUAUUGUGGGACGUCCCAGACAUCAGGGUGUGAUGGUGGGAAUGGGACAAAAAGACAGCUAUGUGGGGGAUGAAGCGCAGAGCAAAAGAGGAAUCCUGACCUUGAAGUACCCGAUAGAACACGGCAUCAUCACCAACUGGGACGACAUGGAAAAGAUCUGGCACCACUCCUUCUACAAUGAGCUCCGUGUUGCCCCUGAAGAGCAUCCAACCCUGCUCACUGAGGCACCCCUAAACCCCAAGGCGAACCGGGAGAAAAUGACCCAGAUCAUGUUUGAGACCUUCAAUGUCCCAGCCAUGUAUGUGGCUAUUCAGGCGGUGCUGUCCCUCUAUGCCUCUGGACGUACAACUGGCAUUGUGCUGGACUCUGGAGAUGGUGUCACCCACAAUGUGCCCAUCUAUGAGGGCUAUGCCCUGCCCCAUGCUAUCAUGCGUCUGGACCUGGCUGGCCGAGAUCUAACUGACUACCUCAUGAAGAUCCUGACCGAGCGUGGCUACUCCUUUGUGACUACUGCUGAACGUGAGAUUGUCCGGGACAUCAAGGAGAAGCUGUGCUACGUAGCUCUGGACUUUGAAAAUGAGAUGGCCACUGCUGCAUCCUCCUCUUCCCUGGAAAAGAGCUAUGAGCUGCCUGAUGGACAGGUGAUCACCAUUGGCAACGAACGCUUCCGCUGCCCAGAGACCCUGUUUCAGCCGUCUUUCAUCGGGAUGGAGUCAGCUGGCAUCCAUGAAACCACCUACAACAGCAUCAUGAAGUGUGACAUUGACAUCAGGAAGGAUCUCUAUGCUAACAAUGUCCUCUCAGGGGGCACCACCAUGUACCCAGGCAUUGCCGACCGGAUGCAGAAGGAGAUCACAGCCCUCGCACCCAGCACCAUGAAGAUCAAGAUCAUUGCCCCUCCGGAGCGCAAGUACUCUGUCUGGAUUGGUGGCUCCAUCCUGGCCUCUCUGUCCACCUUCCAGCAGAUGUGGAUCAGCAAACAGGAGUAUGAUGAAGCUGGGCCCUCCAUUGUCCACCGCAAAUGUUUCUAAGACACCUCCCUACUCUCUGUCUUAUCUCUAUCACACAACUGUGAAUGUUUCUGUGCCUUCAUUUCCUUUCCAAAUCAUUCCUAGCCAAAGCUCUGCCUUGUUACCUAUGUGUUUUUUAAUAAAUCUGAAAUAUGCUACC